AUGCUCUUUCGAUUGGACAAGUGGGACGGGUUCCGAGGGCCUGCCGAGGACUCCGAGGGCCCGCUGCCGACGGCCUGCCCGGGGCCCCCCGAGGGCCUGCCGAGGGUCGAGCUGCUGGCGGCCGCGCGGCGGGUGGACGAGGAGCGGGCGGCCGCGCAGCUGGCCGUGGGCCGGCGCCUCGUCCCUUGGGACCCGAGCACCACCUGCAGCGGCCCGGGCAUUGGGUGCCUGGACUGCACAGCCAGCCCUGGCAUGACCCUGGACUAUUCCCGUGGUGCGCGGAGCUGGAGAGGAGCUUCGACGUCAUCGCUGGCGAGGUGUGCGCGGCGAUGGACGCGCCCGCGGAGUGGCCCGAGGUGUCCGGUGGAGAGAGGCAGCUCGCCGAGCACCCGUCGGGCUGCGGCAACGCGAUACUCUCGCUGCUGGCGCCGGGGACCUCGGACACCUCCGGCAACACCCGGACUGCGGGCCCACCAACGCGCGCCUGACGUGCCACUUGGGUGUCCGGGUGCCGGGCGGCUGCGGCCUGCGCGUCGGCACCGAGGCGCGCCAGUGGCGCGAGGGCCGGUGCCUGGUCUUCGACGACUCCUGGGAGCACGAGGCCUGGAACGGGAGCGGCAGCGCGCGCGUGGUCCUGCUCGUCACGGCGCGCCUGGCGGCCACCUCCGCCAGCUCGCGCCAGGUUUCAGCAGGCCGAGAUCUUUCUGCGCUUCCCGAAGGAGCACGUGAGUGCUGAGGCCGCACAAGUCGAUGUCCACCAUGGCGCUGGAGGUUGCCAGCGACAGCGAGCCUGAAGCCUCUUGACGCGCCAG